CUUGAAGAAAAGGCAUGUUUCUUCAGCCAUUUUUAAUGCGAUUUAACUUGCAUAUGGUUUUUGUUUAGAUUGUUAUGCAGUUUGUGUUGACGAUUUUAUCUCUGGUUUUAUGGCGUUAUUGUUUCAAACUUUUCUACCAUGUUGGCUUCAGAAGGAUUUUGGGAGUCUUCAGUUUCACUUAGGGUUCACCGCAGGGGAGGGGAAGAUUGGAUUGGACUGCCGUUGCUCAUCACUCACUACGCCACUACUGCUGCUCGUAGCCUGCCGCUGGUCAAUACCUGCCGGCUGCCGCUACUCACUGCUACUGGCCCACUGCCGCUGGUCACUUCUCAGGGGUUUGCUGGAGUUGCUGUUGCUCACUUACAGGUGCUUCUCGGAGUUGCUGUUGCUGCUCAUUGUGCCUUGCUGGAGUUGUUGCCGGUGCCACUUACUGACUCUUUUUCUCCUUCUCCUCAACUGAGGUAUGCUUUCUCUCUUGAUCUUGACUUUGAAGACUUUGAAUUUGUUUGUGUGGCAUUAUUUAAUUAAUUAGGAACUUAGGAUUUAGUACUCAGAUUUGGGUUUUUCUAAUUUUAUUUGUAGCUAGUUUAAACAUUUAAUUAAUGAUUUAUGUUAAA